UCCGCAGAGGCAUUUCACGUCGUUAUCUUUGAGGAGGAGUCAUGCAAUAACAUAUGUCAUUUCCGGACAUUUGGUAAGCAGGUUAUAUCACAUGCAGGAGAUAGUUCAAACAAAACUAACUUUUCGUGACGUUAUACGCAAAUUCCUGAAUAGAAGGUUCUGUCCGGAUUAAUCAUGAAGAUUGCAGUAGUCGGCGCGACUGGUCAAACCGGGCAGCAGCUGGUCAGUCAGGCUCUUCAGCAAGGACACUCCGUCACUGCCCUCGUCAGAAACCCGGGGAAACUGACGGUAACGCACGAUAACCUCAAGGUGGUUGAAGCAGACAUUUUCUCAGAAGACAGCCUGAAACUGCACUUCAAAGGUCAGGAUGCUGUGUUGUCCUGUCUUGGCUUUCCAAUCUCAUUUUUUUAUGGAGUCACUGGCUACACUCAGUCUAUGAUGGCAGUAUUAAAUGCUAUGCGUGAAGUCAAAGUCAAUCGAAUCAUCACCAUGACCUCAUGGUACACUGACCCAAAUUCAGGCUCCAAUUCUUCCUAUUUCAUCCGCUUCAUGUUGCUUCCCAUGAUCAGAAGUGUUCUGAACAACAUGUAUGAAAUGGAAAACUUUCUCAAGCAGACUGAAGACAUCAACUGGACUGUUGUCCGGCCACCUGGUCUCAAGAAUACACCAACAACAGCCAAUGAGUUCCUCACUCAUGAAGGUUAUUAUGUCCCUGAUGAAAAUGGUCUGCCAAUCGGCCAGUCUGUGUCAAGAGGAGAUGUGGCUCGUUUCAUGCUCUCUCUACUCAAUAAUAAUGCUUGGAUGAAGAAAGCUGUUGCUAUCAUCACCAAAUAAUGAAAAAAUAAAACCUUGUAAAAACACUGAAAUGAAAUUGAAGAGCAAAGAAAUAACAAUACGCUGCAUGUGCUCUUUUUUCCUCAAAUAUACUGUAUACGAAAUGUGAAAUUAAAUGUAAACAGCCGUAUUUUUAACAAGGAAACUACUCAUUUAUGAUCUUUAUUAAUUUAAUAAUAUUAAGCCUUCAUGCAUAUUCGUUUAUGUUCAUUUCCUGCAUAACACAAAACACAUCAAUCCUUAUUUCUUAUUGUGAUGUCCUUUCCAACUUAAGAUUUUCACAAUAUAUAACUGACAAAACAUUAUAAACAUCAUUAGGAAAAGUUUCUUGACCUUCUAAGCUAUAAUCCUGUCUAACAGAAGGUCUGUUGUUAUUGAUGUUUGUAUUAUAAUUUUUUUUUUUAGUUUUUGAGUAUGUUAUGUUCAUAAAUGUAUUACAUUUCUGUUGAUUUUUUACAGUACACUAUAUUCAGAUUUUACAGUUUAUAUGGAUUUUAUGCAGUUACACUACAUGAAUACGUGGAUGUUCAGGUUAAAAUUAUGACUAUAUUUAAAUGUUAAAUAGUACAAAAUGUAUUUAACAUUUAAAUAUAUGUUAAAUAGUACAUCAGCACAGUGAUUUUUGCCUGCUAUUAAACAUAUAGUUGUAAUCUAUGUAUAAAAAUAUAAAAAUGCAUCACUGAAGUAGACUACAACAAUAUAACAAAGUAUCUUUAGAGAAGAGCUGUAGUUCCUCACACAAACCACUAGAAGGCGCUUCACUGUGCUAGAAGCGGCUUGCAUUUGGUGAAACAGCCAGUUCAGCACGGACACACAGAAAUCCGAUUUUUGGAACCAAAUACUUGUUGAAUGACGACUUUAUCUGCCAUUAUUGCUGGUUGUUUGUUGUUGAGCAAGUGAAUUAAUUAAUUUUUCCUUUAAGAUGCAGUCUGCCAUGAACUUUAUGCAACUGGUGUCUUAUGGCCACAUGAGCGCAGUGUUGCACGGUUUUUAAUAAACCACUUGUAUACCCUGCCUAUACCGAUGUCUUCAAGUCCUACAUUAAGUGUCAUACAUUGAUUGAGUAAAUUAUGGCCAAUAAAAUUAAGA